UCAUCGAGCGGCGGCCAGCUAAGAUGCUACUAUGAAGAUUUUAGUGAUACAUUUGAAUUCAUGUGACAUGCGCGCUCAUAUUCUAUCAGAUCUUGAAUAAAAACAAACAUACGAAUUGGAUUUCAGUGAUCAAACUUUGUGUUAGUGGUGUUAGUCUUCACUCUUUGUUCUUAGUAUCCUUGCAAGUUUCAUAAAACGAUCUCGAUUUACGCUUGUGCUGUGUUUAUGUUCGAGCGCGGUUCCCGAUCCGACCGCGCCGUGUUGGAGGGACGUCGCCCUCGAGGAGUUCGUAAAGAGAUGAAGCGGCGGGCGGUACGUGAGGGCGGUCAGGCGAGGUGAGCCGCGGGUAUGGAUCACGCGGUAAAGGCGAUGUCGGCGCGCGGGCCGUUUGCGCGGCUGCUCGCGCGCCGCCGCUUCGAGUCCGCCGAACUGGAGGAGUUGUACGCUCGCUACGCUUGCAAGCUGCAGCGCACCUCCGUCGGCUCCGCGUUGGCACUUUGGGCCGUGCUCGCGGCGGCCUUGGCGGCUGUUGAUGCCACCAGAGGCUGGCGAAGAGCACCCCAGGUGGGCGUGCUAAGUGCCCACGCCGUGCUAUGCGGCGGGCUCGCUUGGUGGUGCGGAAGAUCAGGCGGCGUGGCACCAGAGCGGAGGCUACCACGAGCGUGCUGGCUGGCCCUCGCAGGCGGGGGCACGGCCCUUGCCGCCACGCUGCCCGCCUGGAGCCCGGGCGCCUCAGCCGAAGGAGCAGCACACGUUGUUUGGGCAGUAUUCGCAGCCUACGCGCUGCUUCCGGUCGGCGCACCCGUCGCUGUCGCCUUUGGCCUCCUACUGCCUACAGCGCAUACAGUCGCCGCUGCGCUGGUGGCUUAUCGCUUCCCUUACCACGUGUGGCAACAGAUCUUAGGCAACGUUGUGGUCUUCGUAUGUGUGAACGUGGUGGGCGCACUCAUGCACUCUUUAAUGGAGAACGCUCAGCGGCGCGCCUUCCUAGACACGCGCAACUGCAUCGCGGCGCGUCUAGACAUGGAGGACGAGAACGAAAAACUGGAACGAUUACUGCUAUCCGUGCUGCCUCAACACGUUGCUAUGGAGAUGAAGAACGACAUAAUAUCGCCUGUGGAGGGACAAUUUCAUAAGAUUUAUAUUCAAAAGCACGAGCAAGUCAGUAUACUGUUUGCUGACAUUGUCGGAUUUACGGUGCUGGCAUCACAAUGCAGUGCACAAGAGCUGGUGCGGCUACUUAACGAGCUUUUCGGCAGGUUCGACCAACUAGCAAACGAUAAUCACUGCCUCCGAAUUAAAAUCCUGGGAGAUUGCUACUACUGCGUCUCUGGACUGCCCGAGGCGCGGUCAGAUCACGCACGCUGCACCGUCGAGAUGGGCCUCGAUAUGAUCGAUGCAAUCGCGUCCGUAGUAGAGGCGACAGAUGUACAGUUGAACAUGCGUGUUGGAAUUCAUACGGGGCGGGUGCUUUGCGGCGUGCUUGGUCUUCGGAAAUGGCAGUAUGACGUGUGGUCCAACGAUGUGACGCUUGCCAACAAUAUGGAGGCCGGAGGCGAACCGGGCCGCGUACACAUAACGCAAGCGACACUGGAAUGCCUUGGCGGUGCUUACGAGGUGGAGCCUGGACACGGUUCUACCAGGAAUGCCUACUUGCGUGACCACUCCAUCCAGACCUAUUUCAUCAUCCCUCCACCUCGACGGAGAAAAAUGUGCCUAUCAGCUGGAGGAAUCGGUUCAUCAUCGCGUCGUAAGCUGUCCUUCAAAAACGUAUCCAACGUGGUCGUCCAACUGCUACAUUCAAUAAAGUUCAACGUGGAUGUGCCAUUUUCAAACAUGGCUGCCUCGCCACAGGAACUUAAGGCAAACGCUGCUAGAAAGGUGAUGGACCUGAAGCGCGCGCUGCACGCGGAGCCAGGCUCGGCGGAGGCGCUGCGGCUGGCGGCGCUGCGCGGCGAGCACGUGAGCGGGCCCGACCCCGCCCCCGCCGCACCGGCCCCCUCCACCGCCCCGCACCACCACACCUUCGACGCGGUCAUGCAGCACCACGCCCUGCGCACACACGCAACGAAUAAAGUGACGGAGAAAUCUAAGCGGCUGGUGAAAAAGCGUCACUCCUCUGUGUACCAUCAGCCCUCGAAUCGUGUGAACAAGUUUCUGGCACAAGCGAUUGACGCGCGUUCCGUUCACCGAGAAAAAGCGACGCACGUACAUCUGCUAACGCUCUGCUUCAAAGAUGCUGAUAAGGAGGCCCAGUAUAGAGCAUCGACAGACGGAGGGUGGGCGGGCUCCCUUAGCGCCGCUUUAGGGGCAUUGGUAGCCGCUGGAGCAUUGCAAGCCGCGAUACUACCGCGCACCACCAUCCUCCUACUCCUGUUCGUAACGGCAUUUGCCUGGUCCGCUGCGGUUCUAGCGUUAACACUCGCGGCAAGGCUAAGACUCAUUCCCUGCGACGUGUCUAGGCCUUUCGCACUGAGGAAUGCAAUAACAACGUUCACAAUUGUACUGGGCUACGCUGUAGGACAGGUUAAUGUUAUAACAUGUCACGAGGUAAACGUAUGCGCGAAUCUGACUGAUAAUAUAACAAUGGACACCAUACGUUCGACAUCUGGGGACAUUGCUGCGAAUCUGUGGAGUAGCUCAGACCACCUAGCUUGUCCGAUCCCGUUGUACAUAACCCUGGGAUGCUGUCUCAGCAUGCUAGCAGUGGCUGUGUUUUUGCGAUUACCGAUAUUGGUGAAGGGUAUUUUGCUGGCUGUGAUGACGACUGGAUAUGUGGCUGUUAUACUGAUAUACCAUAAGCACCUUUUCGAUUGCUACGAUCUUAUGACUGACCCUGGUGCGGUGGGAUCCGCCUACGUGGCCGCUGCUUGGACAUUAGCUCUCGCAUUAGCCGUCCUAUUACACGCAAGGCAGACUGAGUGGACGGCACGUUUAGACUUCCUCUGGCAGGUGCAGGCUCGUGACGAGAAAAGGGAAAUGGAUGCGUUGCAGGCAUCAAACCGAAGGAUAUUGUUCAAUUUGCUACCAGCCCAUGUUGCGACACAUUUCCUGGACCAGUUUAGGACAAACAUGGAACUUUACCAUCAGUCAUACCAACGCGUAGGCGUAGUGUUCGCGUCUAUAACCAACUACCAUGAGUUCUACAUGGAAUUGGACGGCAAUAAUCAGGGCAUGGAGUGUUUGCGGCUGCUUAACGAGAUCAUUGCUGACUUUGACGAGUUAUUAGGCGAUGAUCAUUUUAGUGCCAUAGAUAAAAUAAAAACUGUUGGAUCCACGUACAUGGCUGCCGUCGGGCUCAUUCCCGAUAAGAAGAUGUCUGAUGAUCCGAGCACUCAAAAAUAUAUGGCUACCCUUGUCGAAUUCGUAUUUGCCAUGAGAGACAAACUCAAAGAUAUCAACGACAAUUCGUACAAUAAUUUCAUGCUACGAGUUGGAAUUAAUGUCGGGCCUGUAGUGGCUGGUGUAAUAGGGGCAAGGAAACCACAAUACGACAUUUGGGGUAAUACAGUUAAUGUAGCGUCUCGCAUGGACUCAACAGGGUUACCGAACCACACUCAAGUCACGGAAGAAGUUUUCCAGGUGUUGAAAGAUUUGCCCUACCAGUUCAUAUGUCGAGGCAAAGUCAAAGUAAAAGGCAAAGGGGAGAUGACAACCUACUUUUUAACAGAUCGAGCGCAAUCGAGUGGCACCACUCAGAACAGCUCAAAUGGUCAAUCCCAAAAUCCUCCGUCAGUCUACGGCGGUGUAGCGACACCACUUGCAAUGUUGCAAAAUUCGGCGAGAAGAGCAGCAGCACAGCCAUCGAGGCUUCCUCCUCUUAGAGAGACCUCCGUGACUGGUGAAAAUGAGCCGCUACUUCCUUCGAAUGGUCACCAAGGCAAUGGCAACAAUCACAAGGGCAGCAAGGGACGGAGAAACAAGGAGUCCGAAGAUACACCACCACCUCCGCCGCCGCAUGGCAUAAAUGGAAAUCCUCGGUGGCCUCCACCUAGAGCUUUGGUUCCACCAUGGCCUCGACCACAAGAACCGCGCCCUCCAGCCGUUCAUAAGCGAAGACCUCCCACCAGACUGCCAAGGCCAAGGUCUAGCGAAAGUUUACCUUUAGCCAGAAGUCCAAGAGUGCAUUCCUCUGCAGAUGAACUAAGCUCUCUAACCCGCUCUCCUAGUCUCAGCUCCUCCGACGAGAGCUACUCUCGGACUACUGACGCUUCUCCUUCUCCCCCAAGACCUGCUCCUUGGUUACCCCCUCCUAGGCCACAAAGAACUGAAAACAAUUCCUCGUACGACUAUCCGCCUAUUCGUCUUAAUAAACCUACACCUAACAUCAUUAACGAAAUAUAUGCCAAACAUAAAAUGAACAAAAAGUCUUCCCUCGAAGAGAAAAUUCUCGACAGUAGUAUAAACUAUCAAAAGGAGGAAGAGAAAUUGCAAAGAAGUAUAAUUAAUAUGCUCCAGGCCUCCGUCAAGAGAGAUGGAUGCAGCCAAACCGAUAAAAAAGAAUUACCACAUCGUCUCACUCAAAGAACGAGUUCAUUUUCGAGUUCCGGGAGUCGGCCGAACAAUUUAAAGCAUUUGAAUCUUGAUAGUAGGGAAGUGUUCACCAAACGGAGUCCCUCCGAUGUUGCAUGCGUACCGCCUUUCGAAAGAGAGAUUCAGAGGCUUCUGGAUGAUAAGAAUCUUAUAAAAAUAAAUUCUCCUAAAGUAGAAAGAAAGGAUCUGAAAUUAGAACUAAGAGCGCCAAAUGCAUCCGUGGAAGCAGUAAGGAAUUGUAAUAACAACAGUAGUCCGUUGCACGCGGUGGGACUGGCGGCCAUCACGCAACUGGCGAGACAAGAGCCUCCGAGCCCGCGCCCUCGCCCCGCGCCCUCACCCCUCAAGCCCACUGCGGACUUCCCCGGCGUUUUGCCAACCGACGUGGUCGUAGAACUACCCUCUCCCGCGCAUUCGGCUGAACAGAAUUCUAGUGUGCCAAGUGUAAGAAAGGCAGAAACGGCGAUAGUGAAAGAAAAGCAGGAGAAAGAUUUACAAGACCGAUUGCAAAACCGCGUGACCACUUCUACUCAUAGAGAAAUGGGUAUCUACGGAGAAAGUCAAUCGGAAUGGAGUUCCUCGUGCUCAGAGGGGGAGGGCGAAGGAGACGGUGGGCAACCAGAGAGUACUGGCUACACGACCGAUGACCCGGCGUUAGAGAACGUAUCCAUGUUGAACGAGGCGGGGCUCACGGACGCAGAGGCAGCCCUCAGCGACGUUAACUCCUGCUACUUUGACCGCGACGACGACGUUUCUUCUCGGGCUUCCUCUCGCCUUCUGGACUCGGAAGCCCUCGUGUCGCUUGAGUCCCUCAGCGCCAUCUAUGAUUCCGACGAACCUGCGCACAGGUACUUAGCGAAUAUACGAACGGUCAGCGAAUCUAUUACCAGGAACUUUGGCCAGUCAGCUCACGUCACCGACGGCGAGAGCGAUGUUUAGCAUCGCUGGAUUUGACGCCGCCCGUCAGGGCCCGAAUGAAAAAUCUUUCGUUGUGUGUUGAAACAUGACAGACUUUCCAAAGAAUUAUAAGUCUGAAUGGACGGCAAAAUGUGUAUGAGCUCUCUAUGAAUUAAUUAAUACUCAGUUCUUCAUUUUCUUAUGAUGAUAGUGUGGUUACUAGCGUUCGAGGAUAUAUUAUCUAACAUCGAUCGAUCGAUUUGUAAACUUCAUUGAUCAUUGCUAUUGAACUGCUAACGUGCCUGGUUAUUUAAAUCCUGUGUGUACUUUAUAUAUUAUGUAAAUUGUCAAUAUGUACCUAUUAAUGACACUGUAUAAUAUUCAUUGUACAUUUGCGAGUGCCAUGUAAUGGCUCUUCGAAUCAUGUAGACGUAUGCGGUGAUCUCUACAAUUAUAAGGUGCUCUGAUUUAGAAUUAUUAGUUAUUUGUCUUGUGAUAAAGAAGUAGGGAAUUCACUAUAUGAUCGACCAAUAUCUGUAAACGUCGGUGUUUAGCGUAAGGGCUGGUCCCUUUACAGUAAAAUCUACUAGUAUCAUCCAAAGGACCUUGUGUUCGUAAGAUUGUCGGUUAGUACGGUUCGAUGAUAAUGUAUUAAUUUUGCAUUUCAAUUCAUAUUAAUUAAGGCAUAAUAUUGUUGUUACUACAAUUAAUUGUUACUAAUGAUAAGAUACCCUACUGUGAAUCCUUUGUGGCUAUACUUAAAUCUCGGGUUCCAUUUCAUUUUAAUUCUAGUCAAUUCUUGCUUCUUUGUAACAUGUUUAUUUGUUUUUCUUUUAUAUACCAAUAUUAAAUAUUAAUAAUAUACAUUGAUGCCAUUGUACAUUGGUACCUUUGUUCAGUAAUAGGUAUAAUAAAACAUUGAUUUAAUUUAUCUUGAUAUUAAUUUAUUUGUCUAACUAUAUUUCUAUUUAGCUUCGAACCUUUACAUAAAAAUUGUAGUUUUAGACCAAACCCGAUAGUACAAUAACUACUACAUACAACACCAUUAACGAAUAUUUGUUGUAGAAUAUUCCCCAUUUUAAUAUUUAGAGUCUUAUAUCGUUUAUUGUAACAUAGUUUUGUGUCAAUUUCGUGUAUCUUUUACGUAUUAAGUGUAAGCUAAUAAUGAACAACUCGUUUGAGACUAAUGUAUAAUGUGAUUGCGUAAUUUCGUUAAGUGACUGCUAUAAUAAUAUGGAAUGCUUAAGGAUUAUUUGUAUAAGCUUGUACUUAUAUAGAUGCGAUAAAUGGCUGACUCGUUACUCUAGUUUUGCUGGUCGUGGAACACAAAAUGAUUCACUAUUCACAUACCCGCUUGCUAAUAAACGUUGUAAAGGGUUUGCAUAGUCACGCAAUGUUUUGCCUUCUUGCUUCAAAUAACAAAUCCAAGAGAUAGAGAGAGAAAAUGGUAUAUCUAAUCACCAACUAUACUACAAUGACACAUACAUCAACUAUAACUAUACAAUGUUUAUUAGUUAGUCCCUUUAUAUAUUUUUUGAUUUUUGCUGAUGCUAUUAUUAAAACCACGUUUUUGUUAUCUUUAGUGUUUUUAUUAUGAAGUCAAUUUUCUCAUAUUGAAUCAGGUAGGUACUUUGUUUAUUACAUUAGGACCCCAAUUUUGUAGGAAAAUGAUAAUUAUGUUUUAUUCUAUAUGUGAAAAUAUGCCUAACAAUUUUUUUUUAUUAUUAUUGCAGUGCUAAUAAAUAAAAGGCGACAUUUUUUAAAACUGAGUGUCAGAUAUUAUGCCCUGCAUCUGCAAAAGGAGCUCUACCUAUGUAACUAACUAAUACCUUUCUGUCUUUUCAUUUCCUGUUUUCGAAAAAACAAGUAAGCUACGUUGGUAAAGCUCACUUAGCAGAUAUAGGAAAAGUCUGAAACUUAGUUGUAGCAAAAUGACAUAAAUGCGCCUUUUUCAUUAGCACGGCAGAUAUAUAUUAUAUACAGAUAAAAAUAACACAUUAGAUUUGUAAUUUACAAUUAUACGCAAAAUAUUUCUCGACUAAUUUUUUAUCUUAUCAUUUCCCAUUCUUAAAGUCAAAGUCAAAUAUUUCUUUAUUUAAAUAGGCACUUCGAUGGCACUUUUGAUGCGUACACAUAAUAUUACAUUUUAUUCUGUUCUUCGCAUGUUUCCUUUUUUUACAAAGUAGUGUGUCCCUAUGAUUUAUACCAAGUAACCGCUCGUAGUGCGUAUAUGAAGAAUAGGGCAGAAUCUUUAAGUUUCAUUUUUUCAAUAUGACAAAUUUUGAUGAAUGUUGGUUCAACGUGUAUUUUUACACUAAAGGAGUUUUAGUGGAUAUUGUUAAUCUUUGUAAAUAUUGUUAAUCACCUGUCUACGCUGUAAUCUAAGUAGUUUAGCAUGCUGUGAAGAUAUAUCUUAUUUUUGGAAGGGAUCUCUUAUUUGCAAUCAGUCUUCUCAGUAUGUCAAUUUUAAAGAUUUUUCUCGUUAAAAUGUGUAGGUGUAGUGCCAAAUAUUUUGCUUACUUACUCAUUGUAUUUAUUUCAAUAGCAACAAAUUAUAUUUUUAUGUUCUCAACUUUAUGUAAUGUUAUAUAUUUACAAAAUAUUUACCGAAUAGUUCAGAAUUUUCGGGUAAAACAGUAGCAGCAAUCAGCAUAAUGCCUAUAUAACAUGUAGAAGUACCUAAAUUGGUCAAUGAGAAAAAUUACGUAAUUUAGCUGAUUUAGUCACAGUGAAGAUGUUUAAAAAGAUAUUUAAACUGUUGUAUACUUAUAUAUUAAUAAUAAAUUAUAUUCUAUUCGUUUUGCCGUAAUAAUCAAUAUGACGUCGAGACUAUCUUUCUUGUUUAACUUUCAUACCUGGUAUAUUUCCUUUAGUUGUAGAAUUAUUUUUUUGCUAUCUGUUUACCGAGCAGUUUUAUUGUUCCUAAAUCAGCUACCACCAAACAGAAUGUUUACCAAAAUAUCAAUGUAUUAUUAUAAUUGUGUCCCUACUUUAAACUCUACAUAUUUCAGUGUAAUAAGUGAUAUAUUUAUUUCAAUUCAAUUAAGCAAUAUUUAAUUACUUACAAAUAAAGAGGUUCGAAUGACCGGAA